CCGUCCUGCCUCUGCUCCUGCUCUGCUCUUAAGACUACCCUCAGCUUUCGCUGUCAGUCAGGCUUUCAGCUUUCUUCUCAUCAAUUCUCUCUCUCGAUCCUCAGAAACAUCGAGAGAGAGAGAGAGUCCCCUCUGUAUUUAAAUUAUAUCCCUUCUUCAAUCGCAGUAUUGGGUUCUGCAAGGCAAUACCCAUGGCCACUGGAGCCGCGGAGAAGCCCCACCACCAUCAGAUCGUCAGUUUCAGCUUCCAUUUCCUCCACCACCACCACCACCACCAGGGGCAUGGCCACGAGGGCCAGAGGAGCGACGUGAGGAGGAGGGCUAUGGCAGUGCCGAAGGGGUGCUUGGGGGUGAUGGUGGGGCAGGAGGGAGAGGAGCGGCAGCGGUUCGUCAUCCCGGUGAUGUACGUGAACCACCCGCUGUUCGGGAGCCUGCUCAAGGAGGCGGAGGAGGAGUUCGGGUUCGACCAGAAGGGACCCAUCAGCAUCCCCUGUCACGUGGAGGAGUUCCGGAGCGUCCAGGACCUCAUCCACCGUGACCGGCUCCACCACCACCACCACCGCUUCCACCUUCCCUGCCGCCACCAAGUUGGCUGCUUUAAAGUCUGAUUAGACUCGAGAUGUCUUUCGGUGCAUCGGCCUUCGGCUAUUUGUCUUAAGUUGAUCCACUUGUAUUUCCUUUCUCAUUGCACUAGGCUUGUGCCUCUAUUGUAAUCAAAAAAAAAAAAAGAAGAAGAAGAAGAAGAAGAAGAAAUAGGAGGAGGAAGGAGGGAAGAAAAGGCGAUUUGAUCGGAUUAUUCAGCCUGGAACUUGUAUUUGUAUAUGGCGAUAAUCUUAUUGACCAAAGUUGUGAAUAUCUUCCCAUUA